GAGUACUUUGUUUACAGUCCCUAGUACAGGGAUUUGCAUCUCCUGCUCCUGUUUGUGCUGUCCAAGAGUCUGUCUCAGUUCCAUUCUGCCUAGAGCAAGAGCCCCCCGCCCUGGCCAAGACACAUUACCAGUUGGAUUAGGAGAGCUGCUGCAGCCUUCUUUCUCUCAAGUUGACAGAAGGGAUUCAGAGAGAUAAGACAUUCUUUCUUCACUAAGAGAUCACGCUGAGUUUGAUGUCAAUGGAUUUCCUUUUUCUGAGCCUAUACCUUGAUGAACACAUCCAGAAUUAGUCUAAAACUUCACCAAGAAAUUCCUGCAGUACAAUAUGCCUGAAGAGCACUUUAAAGAGAUUUUGGGAGUGCCAAAAGGUCCAGAGCCGGUAAGAAUGGAGAAAAGCAAUAACAACGAGUGUGUGGUCACAGCGAUUCCGCUGGUCAGUGAGGUUCAGCUGACCGCCGCCACAGGAGGAGCCGAGCUCUCCUGUUACCGCUGCAUCAUCCCCUUUGCGGUGGUCGUUCUGAUCGCGGGAGUGGUCGUUACAGCCGUAGCCUACAGUUUCAAUUCGCAUGGAUCCAUCAUCUCCAUUCUGGGGCUUAUCCUACUGUCCUCUGGACUUCUUUUGUUAGCUUCCAGCGCCUUGUGCUGGAAGGUAAGGCAGAGGAGCAAGAAAUCGAAAAGACGAGAGAGUCAGACAGUUCUGGUGGUAAAUCAGAGGAGCCUGUUUGCUUAAAAAAAAA